GCUGGAUCUCAAACUUGUCAACCUUCACUUCUCUCCGGGUUUUCUUCUGCUCUAUGGCGUCGGUUCCUGCCCCUGAUCGUCUCUCCGAUGAGGAAUUUCCCUCACGACGUCCGCGCUACCCCGGUGAGGAUACCACUCCAACUAGCCGGCAAGAGGUCUGGGGCUGGUAUGCUUACGGCAUAGCCGCCGAGGUCUUCGCUGUGUGCGGUGUCGGAUCAUUCCUCCCGCUCACCCUCGAGCAAUUGGCUCGCGAGCACGGCUUUCUCCAGUCCACUCAUCAACCAUGCGUCGGGCCUACCGCUCCGUCCGGAGACUCGAAUGAGCAAUGCGUCGUCCAGCUGAUGGGGCUAGAGAUCACCACCGCCAGUUUCGCCAUGUACACCUUCUCGCUGGCGGUGCUUGUGCAGGCUCUGACUUUGAUCUCAUUCAGCGCUUUGGCGGAUUACGAGAACAAUCGCAAGACCCUCCUCAUGGCCUUUGGCUUUGUGGGCUCGGUAACGAGCAUGCUGUUCAUGUUCAUCUCUCCACCAGUCUAUAUCCUCGGCGCGCUUCUGGUCGUGGUAGGCGUCGUGUGCCUGGGGUCCUCGUUCGUCGUGCUCAAUUCGUUUCUACCCGUCCUCGUCGCGCACGACCCGUCGAUCACCUCCCCCGCUAAGAAGGAGACCCCGGAGGAAUUGCACGAACUAUACCCGGAUGGAGAGGAGGAGGAGGAUGACGACGACAACUUCCGAACGCAUUCUGCUCGCUCGGGCGCACACAAUGACCAGGGCGAGUCAGGUCGUUCCUCCUCCGCAACGAAGGCGGCGUCUCCCGAGUUACAGCUGUCGACGCGCAUCUCUUCCAAAGGAGUGGGGUUGGGGUACUGUGCCGCAGUGUUCGUCCAAAUCCUCAGCAUCUUGCUGCUCUUCACACUGUCCAAGACCUCCGUCGGCAAGUCGUCUGGCACACUGCCGCUGCGUUGCGUGCUGCUGCUGGUAGGUCUGUGGUGGUGCGCGUUCACACUGGUCAGCCGACGGUGGCUGCGCACGCGUCCCGGCCCGCCGCUAGAGGAGGCUGGGGGAGCAGCACGAAGCGCCAACGGCGGCGGCGGCGGCGCGCCCCGCGCGCGCUGGCGACUCUGGCUCAGCCUCGUGGGCUUCGCGUGGAAGUCGCUCUGGAAGACCGCGCGGGUGGCGGUGCGGCUGCGGGAGAUGCGUCUGUUCCUGGUGGCGUGGUUCCUGCUGUCGGACGCGCUGGCGACGGUAUCCAGCACGGCGAUCCUGUUCGCACGCACGGAACUGCACCUGAGCACCACGAUGGUCGCGCUCCUGUCGAUCACGGCCACGGUGUCCGGCAUGGCGGGCGCAUUCCUGUGGCCGACGGUUUCUCGCCGACUGGGCCUGCAGUCGCACCAGACCAUCAUGCUGUGUCUGGCGCUGUUCGAGCUCAUUCCUCUGUACGGGCUGCUGGCGUACAUCCCCUUCGUCCAGCGCUGGGGCGUGAUUGGGCUGCAGCAGCCCUGGGAGAUCUACCCGCUGGCGGUCGUGCACGGCGUGGUUGGCGGCGGAUUGGCCUCGUACUGCCGCUCGUUCUUUGGGCUGCUGAUCCCGCCGGGCAGCGAGGCGGCCUUCUACGCCCUGUACGCGGCCACGGACAAGGGCAGCUCCUUCAUCGGGCCGGCCAUCGUGGGCAUGCUGAUCGACAAGACGGGCCAGGUGCGGAGCGGAUUCUUCUUCGUGGCGGUUCUCAUUUUGCUGCCGAUUCCUCUGAUCUGGUUCAUCAAUGCCGAACGGGGCCGCGCCGAGGGUUUGGCGGUCGCUGAAUCCAUGACCGAGCGGGACGGGGAGGAAGCAGAGGGCCUGCUUUCCCGACGGAGCUGAGUCCGGUAAUAGAAGGCUAUAUUAUAGACGCAUACCCUAUGAGAUUACAUGAUACCAUGAAUAAUGAACAUGUGCACCC